UAUGGAUUAGAUCUGACAUAGACCCCAAAGAGAGGAAGAGAAGAAGAAGAAGCUUGAAGCAGGAGAAGAAACACUAUUCAAGUCCGUCAAGCCAGCAGCAGGUGAUUGACAUGUUGCCAGUUGUGGUGGUCCAUGGAGGGGCGGGUCAUAUCCCAAAGGAGCGGGCACAAAACUCCACAUCAGGGGUGUCUGCAGCAGCCCGAGCCGGGUACAUUGUUCUCAAGGGAGGGGGCAGCAGCAUGGACGCUGUGGUGGAGGCUGUGACCCAGCUGGAGAAUAACCCCUCCUUCAACGCAGGCUGUGGGUCGGUGCUGAACGUGAAGGGAGAGACGAGUCGUGCAUGUCUCACUGCAGAGGGUGCCAAACAGUUCGCCCGCUCCAUGGGCGUCCCUGAGGUGCCUAUGGAGUCCCUCAUCACCGAGUACUCCCGCAUGCGCUGGAGGAAGAACCUGGCACCUGAUGCCAACCCUGUGGAGUGCCAAAUCCCAGAUUUGACGUGCACCGACCCACAUGUGUGCGUGUGUGUGUAUUUGUUGUUGUGUGUAUCAGGUUGUGGAGGUUAUGCUGACAACAACUCAGGAGCAGUGUCCACUACAGGCCACGGAGAAGCUAUCAUGAAAGUUGUUUUAGCCAGACUCAUCCUGUUCUACAUGGAGCAAGGUCAGUCAGCAGAGGCAGCCAGUGACUCUGCCCUGGCCUACAUGAAGUCCAGAGUGGAUGGUCUUGGUGGUGUGGUGACGGUGGACCCUCAGGGUAAUUGGGCCGCUCGCUUCUCCAGCUGGCAGAUGGCGUGGGCUGCAGCCCAGAAAGACACGCUGCACUACGGCCUGUACACUGGAGAGCACUUCACACAGAGCAUUGACGAGCCACACUGACACAGUUUUCAGACUUUUUC